UUCCUAUUUUUAGGAGAAAAGAAAUAUUACUUUUCUCGAUGCGAAUUUGACACAACAUGACAAAUUCCUUUUCUAUUUAUAUUAAGACUUAUUCUAAUUGAAAAAGAAUUGAAAACGGGAUUCCAUCAUAAUCAUAUCAUAUAUAGUGAAGCGAUAUUUUGGGUUCUUACAAAAAAAAGCAAAAGAUAAUCAUUUUUUUUAAUACCCACUCCUUAUUCUUAUUAGUUAAUAAUCCUAGAGAUUGGAUUUAUAUACUUCUUCUGAGAGGAAAUGAAAUAUUUAAAUGCUUUUUCAUCGAAUGACUAUUCAUCUAUUUAUUUUAAUGUAAAUAGCAGCAAGAAAGUUCUAUGGAAAAAUAGAGGUUCAAUUCGAUCUUAUCCAAUGUGGAAUUAUGAUACAGGUGUAGGCUAAGUAAAUCAAUGGAUAGUUUCAGUUCUCUUGAAAAUACUAGUAUAAGUGAAGACCCAAUUCUAAAUGAUAUAAAUAAAAACACCUAUAGUUGGAGUAAUAGUGACAGCUCUAGUUACAGUAAUGUUGAUCAUUUAGUUGGUGUCAGGGACAUUCAGAAUUUCAGUGCCGAUGAAACUUUUUUAGUUAGGGAUAGUAAUAGGGAUAGUUAUUCCAUAUAUUUUGAUAUUGAAAAUAAAGUUUUUGAGAUUGACAAUGAUCAUUCUUUUCUGAGUGAACUAAAAAGUUCUUUUUAUAGUUAUUGGAAUUCUAGUUAUCUGAAUAAUGGGUUUAGGAGUGGUGACUCCCACUAUAAUCAUUAUAUGUAUGAUACUAAAUAUAGUUGGAAUAAUUACAUCAAUAGUUGCAUUGACAGUUAUCUUCGCUCUCAAAUCUGUAUUGAUAGUUAUAUUUUAAGUGGUAGUAACAAUUACAGCGAAAGUUACAUUUAUAGUUACAUUUGUGGUGAAAGUGGAAAUAGUAGUGAAAGUGAGAGUUCCAGUAUAAGAAUUAGCACGAGUGGUAGCAAUUUAAUUAUAAGAGAAAAUUCUAAUGAUCUCGAUGUAACUCAAAAAUACAAGCAUUUGUGGGUUCAAUGCGAAAAUUGUUAUGGAUUAAAUUAUAAGAAAUUUUUUAAGUCAAGAAUGAAUAUUUGUGAACAAUGUGGAUAUCAUUUGAAAAUGAGUAGUUCAGAUAGAAUUGAACUUUUGAUUGACCUAGGCACUUGGGAUCCUAUGGAUGAAGACAUGGUAUCUCUGGAUCCCAUUGAAUUUCAUUUAGAAGAGGAACCUUAUAAAGAUCAUAUUGAUUCUUAUUAAAGAAAAACAAGAUUAACUGAGACUGUUCAAAUAGGCACAGGUCAACUAAAUGGCAUUCCUGUAGCAAUUGGGGUUAUGGAUUUUCAGUUUAUGGGGGGUAGUAUGGGAUCCGUAGUAGGUGAGAAAAUCACUCGUUUGAUCGAGUAUGCUACCAAUAAAUUUUUACCUCU